GAAGAGAAAAAAUAAAAUAAAAAUCCAUAGUACAUUGGAAUAGUCAAUAAUUUAUUAUAAAAAUAUCUAUCAGUCCAUAAUGGAGUGAAUACCCUCAAGAAUAUUUUCGCACUUGAAUUGCCUUAAGCCCAUGACGUCAUUAGUUAUCAAUUAUAGUACCUUGGCAGGCGGAGCAUAUGAAAUGAGCCCAGGCAUUUGGACAGGUAUGAAGUAUCUAUCAAUAUCUUAUCAGGCCGUAAAGCCUCUGCCUUGUGCGACUAAUAAAACUAAGGCAAAUGCCUGUGAGUGGCAACAGUAGCCUCAGCAGCGCCCAGCCUAAAGCAUCAACAAUCCGGGAGAUGUCCAUACCACCAGCGACACUUGUGGUUAUUGGAGCGAGUGCAACCAAUGCACAAAGACAGCGCCAAAAACAAGAAGCGAAGAGCAGCAGUUAGACAGAUAAGAACUGAUCGAAAGAAAAAUGUACAGCAGCAACAGCAGAUGAAGCAAGCCAGCAAGGCAGAAGGUGCAGCUGCAGAGAAAAUGCCCCAGCAGCCACCAGAGAUAAAUGCCAAAUCAAAAAGCUGCCAAAUAAGCUAAAAACUGAAGGCAAAAAAUAAACCGAAAUCUAUUUCAAUAAGCCGAAGAUUAAAUACUCUUAUGGAAAUGGGGCUAGCGAGUAAAUUGAUAAGAAAUCUAUUUUUAGUGGGUUAUGUCCAAAAAGAAAAAUAUAAAUAUUUAGAUUUAUAUAUAUGUUAUGACUUUUUAUAUAUCAGGCAACCCAGCUAUGAUAGUAAUACUGCAGGUAACCCUUUAUGUGAAUUUAUUAAAAACAAAAUAACAUUCCAAAUAAAAACUUUUUUUAUUUCCCGUGGUAAGGUGAUAUUAAAAGUAUUCAAUUAGAUACAUAUGUAUUAGAUAUAUACAUAUGUAUAUAUUAUUAUUUUUAAAGAAUUUUGCUGUCGGUUGUUGCUUUUCUGAAAACAACUGCACCAAUCCAUAAAAUGUUUUCUGAUUACAUCUUCAAAUUUACAUAGAAAUGGUUAUUGUUUGCUUUUGAUAUAGUUAUAGGAAUGUUAUAGUUUGUCAAUGAACUGCCAUUUCCGCCUUUGUCAGAAACUCAAUUGGCGUCGCCAAAAGCGAAAUAAAUGACAAAAUAAAAGCUAGUUUUGGCAACUAUCUUAUCAGUUAACUAGCCACCAUUGGUAUGGAUUUGUGGCAUGAAAAUACAUUUGCUAUGACAUAAACAUUAGACUAUAAAUUGUCGGGGUCGCCACUGUGAAAUUUUAGUCAGGCAGCGCAGAGAAUACCCAACGGACAGCGGACCGCGAGUGCAAGGAAUACAAUGGAAAAUACAACAACAACUAUGCGAAUUGAAGAAAUUAGCUCAGAAAGGAUAAGUGGUGCCACGACGAUAAAUGAAGAGAUAGAAAUAACCACAAUUGAAACACCACAAGGGAUACGUGAACAUCAUCAUCGCCAUCAUCACCACAAACAUCAUCAUCGGCAUCAUCAGCAGACGAAGGAGGAGGAGGAGGCAACGACUUUGACCAUAACUGAUGUCAGCGACGAGCAGGAAGUUAUGGGAGUUAUGGAGCAGCUAGAAGAAGCAGAGGAAGAAGAAGAAGAAGAAGAGCAGCACACGCAUCACCAUCACCACCACCACCAGCAUAAGCAUAAGCAUAAGCAGGCUACACCACAGUUAAGCUUGCCACCACCACUGCCAGACAGCUCACCGCCAUAUCUAACGCCCACCGAGGAGGGGGAUCAGCUUGUAUGGCUAACAGAUUUGGAUGCUUCGCCACAACAGUCAAUGGCAUCGGCUGUUCAACCGAAUCCACCUGUAAUUCAGACACCCUCACCCACCAACUUCAGCCGCAGUCAACCACCAGCCACCCCCUCGCCGACGGGCACUGUGAGGCAAACAGCGUGCAUAAUUGAGUCCCAGCUGCAUCUGUCCGCACCUCCAACACCAGCUGCAACCACUGAGCAGACAGUAGGGCCACUGGAUUCGAAUACGCCGCCUCAGCAACCGGCGCCAAAAACAGUUCAGCAGCAACCACAACAGGUACCAUCCACACCCAACAGUUCGGGGUGGGUGGUGCAGAGACUGGCCGUAGUCAGCACACAACCCACAUCAGCAGCAACAGCAGCAGCAACAGCCACAGCAGCAGCAGCAGCAGCAGGAGCGAGUCCACCACUAACACCAGUUACUCCACCAGCGGCAAGUCCAUCAAGAGCGGCUGUUAGCCAAAUGGAGAUUAUUACAGUGACGCCGUUGCGAACGGCUGCACCACCUGCACCACCCAUGCUGCUCGUCGGCAAGGUAUCCGUGGACCACAACGACACACGCAGCAAGAACUACAGAGUUAGCAUGGAUUCCAGUGCGGCCGCAUCGCAGGGCAUCAAGAAGCGUUGCUGCUGCGCCAUUUGCUAGGCAACAAUGCAAAUCCAAACUGAGUUGAGUCUGUAUAACUAUACAAGAUUAGAUAGAAACAGCCGGAAAAUCGAAUUACAUAAAAACCGUUUUUACGUAAUUAACAAUAUUGUUAAUUAUGCAUAUUGCUUAAUACGAUUACAUACGCAUAUGAUUACAAAAUCAGGGUAUAAUAAAAAAAAUAAAUAAAGAAAACGAAUAAAAUACAUUUCUUACGUAAUUUUUGGCAUACAUAAACUAUGUAACAUAGUUGAAAUCAAUUACAUUUAUAUAGCAAAGUAAACAACUGUUAACAUAACAGUUACACGAUCGUGCAUUUUAACAGUGUUGCAUUUAUAUAGUUAACAGAGUUAUCAAUACGUACAUAACAUUACGCAGUUAACUUUAAAGGAAAUCCGAAUGUUCAGAGAAAUAACAGUCAAAGCUCUGUUAGGCGCACAGAACUUCCUUCUUCUGUUAGGUGUUAGAUUCGAGUGCUCAACUAUCGCUAUCUCCCUUGCACUACAGCUACUGUUCUGUUAGUCAGAAUCUUCGCUUACUUAACAUUCAGCUCUCGAUUAGAGCAGAGUGGCUUGAGUGGCUCACAUUCCAUUCGCUGGGGCAGCACAGUCAUCGCUUAUCGAUGACAAAGCCGUCUUAUCAGCAGCAUGUGAAGUUAAGCCAGCGCCACUGUCGCGCAGCGUCUUAUCUAAUCGAAGGUGCAAACAAAAUCACCGUCGCUGCCAAAGCGUAAUUGAUAAUUAAUUAGUUUACCCACUCGUGGGCAACUCCACAGUGAAUGACCAUUGCGAUAAAAACACUUGACGGCAUUCAGUCAGCGGUCAGUCAACGGCCGCGGAACUAUACUCGAGGAUCUGAGCGAUGCCGCCACCAGGACGCGGUUACGGGCCCGGCCCAGCGCAACGCCCGCCCCCGCCGGGCUUUCGGCCCGGACCACCGCCACCCGGACGAACGAAUGUUAAUGUGGAUGUCAACAUUGGCGCUCGGCCACCGCCCAUAGGCGUGGGCAUUAACCUUGCUCCGCCGCCGGUCGUUAUUGGCGCACCGCCAAUUGUUGUCGGCGCUGCCCCACGACCACCCGUCAUUGUUGAGAGCUACGGACCGCCAGCACCCGGCCUAGCCACAGCCACGGUCUACACCCAGCCGGAAGUUUGUUGUUGUAUCAUAAUGUAGACCUCUAGUUACGUUCAGCGUGUGUGAAUCUGUGUGUAACCCGUAAUAUCUCCUAUAUGUAUAUGUUUCAUUUCUAUCUAUCCUUAUGUUAUGACUGUGAAUAAAUUGCUAAGUUUUUGAAGCGCAA